CAGAACUCUUCUUCCAUCCAGUAUCGACAAGCACAUCAUGUCUGGCAUCAACAGGAAGCACGACGACAAGCUCGUUUUCGAGACUAGUGAGGAUGUUAAGGUUGUUCCCACAUUUGACUCGCUUGGAUUAAAGGAUGAUUUGCUUCGCGGAGUUUACGCUUACAAUUUUGAACGCCCUUCAGCUAUCCAGCAACGUGCCAUUAACCCAAUCGUUAAGGGACGUGAUGUGAUUGCUCAAGCACAAUCAGGAACAGGAAAAACAGCCACCUUUUCCAUCUCCAUCCUUCAAUCGAUUGACACCUCAAUUCGUGAGACUCAGGCAUUGGUCUUGGCACCAACCCGUGAGUUGGCGAUCCAGAUCCAAAGUGUCAUCCUUGCGUUAGGGGACUAUAUGAAUGUACAAUGUCAUGCUUGCAUUGGAGGCACCAGUAUUGGUGAAGACAUUCGUCAGCUGGAUCAUGGACAACAUGUCGUCGUAGGCACGCCAGGAAGGGUCUUUGAUAUGAUUCGUCGACGCAACCUCAGAACACGCAACAUAAAGAUGAUGGUCUUGGACGAAGCAGACGAGCUGUUGAAUCAAGGAUUUAAAGAUCAAAUUUAUGAUGUAUACAGAUACCUACCACCAUCCACACAGGUCGUCAUCCUCUCGGCUACAUUACCUCAUGAUGUACUGGAGAUGACUUCUAAAUUCAUGACAGAUCCCAUCCGUAUUUUGGUCAAGCGUGAUGAAUUGACCUUGGAAGGCAUUAAGCAGUUUUUCGUCGCUGUAGAAAAGGAAGACUGGAAGUUUGAUACGCUCUGCGAUCUUUACGAUACAUUGACCAUCACACAGGCUGUCAUCUUUUGCAAUACCCGCAGAAAGGUUGAUUGGCUCACUACCAAAAUGAGAGAGGCCAACUUCACAGUGUCAUCCAUGCACGGAGAGAUGCCUCAAAAGGAACGUGACGCUAUUAUGCAGGAGUUCCGCCAAGGUGCAAGUCGUGUCUUGAUUACAACAGAUGUAUGGGCUCGUGGUAUCGAUGUCCAACAAGUUUCACUGGUUGUUAACUACGAUCUUCCAAGUAAUCGUGAAAACUAUAUUCACCGUAUUGGUCGGUCUGGUCGCUUCGGACGCAAGGGUGUGGCCAUUAACUUUGUUACGCAGGAUGAUAUCAAAAUUUUACGCGAUAUUGAACAGUACUACAGCACACAGAUUGAUGAGAUGCCAAUGAACGUUACUGAUUUGAUUUAAAGUAAUGGUCUGCGGCAUGGCGAUACAUAUUACGGUGUAGAAAGAGUAGACAUUCUUAUUUGAAUUGAACAAACUAUAAAGAAAUAAUUAUGAUUUGUUG